GGUCGUUGGACACUCCGUGGACGACCAUCCGCUCUGCCGCUCUUGCGGACGCCAAGACGGUGGUGGUGGGGUGGAAGUACAGUCGCUGGAGCACCACUGUGAAGACGUGGCUGUCUGUCUCUCCCCCCCCACACCGCCCCCCUGUGUGCUCCCUCUCUUCCUCCCCGUGUGCUGCUGUGUGCUGCCAGGACGCCAAGACGGUGGUGGUGGGGUGGAAGUACAGUCGCUGGAGCACCACUGUGAAGACGUGGCUGUCUGUCUCUCCCCCCCCACACCGCCCCCCUGUGUGCUCCCUCUCUUCCUCCCCGUGUGCUGCUGUGUGCUGCCAGGACGCCAAGACGGUGGUGGUGGGGUGGAAGUACAGUCGCUGGAGCACCACUGUGAAGACCUGGCUGUCUGUCUCUCCCCCCCCACACCGCCCCCCUGUGUGCUCCCUCUCUUCCUCCCCGUGUGCUGCUGUGUGCUGCCAGGACGCCAAGACGGUGGUGGUGGGGUGGAAGUACAGUCGCUGGAGCACCACUGUGAAGACGUGGCUGUCUGUCUCUCCCCCCCCACACCGCCCCCCUGUGUGCUCCCUCUCUUCCUCCCCGUGUGCUGCUGUGUGCUGCCAGGACGCCAAGACGGUGGUGUCGCUGGAGCACCAUGUGAAGACAUGGCUGCCGCCCAAAAUCCACGACGGCGACAAGAUUGUGUUCAAGUGGAACGACUGGCGGCACAAGCACAACGUGGUGGCCGUGGACACUUACCGCUACUUAUCGUGCUACUUUGGCAACGCGGGGCCGCCCUUCACAGUCGUCGCCAAGGCCUCCAAGCAGGGCACCUUCACUAUUGUCGCGUCGACCAAGAAUUCCGUGUACAGGGGCUUUUUUGUCAGCAGCGUUGGCAACGACUGCCAGAAGGGCAUCAAGGUAGUUCUUCCCAUUGAGCAAAAUGCAGGUUAA